AAAAUGUGCAUGUGGGCCGCGAUAUAUGAAUAUGAACCCCAGAUCGCCAAUCCAUUACAGAUAUUUGUUCCAAGUGGUCCCCACAGUAUGUUCUCAUGUUUCACUAAUUGCACAUUCUUUUCGACGUUUUCGUUAUUUUCGGAAUUCAUAGCAGAGAGAGGAUAAGGAGAAUGGCUGUUUGCUGCGCUCCUACGAAUGAGACUCCACUGCUGGGAAGAGGAGAUACCGUAGAAGGUAUGGUGGAUUAUAAAGGUCGCAGGGUUAUUAGAUCCAAGAGCGGUGGUUGGAGAUCUGCAAUUUUCAUUAUAGGAGUGGAGAUGGCAGAGAGGUGUUCUUACUACGGGAUUAGCUCCAACUUGAUCAGUUAUCUGACGGGGCCACUCGGGCAGUCGACGGCGACGGCCGCUGCGAACAAGAACGCAUGGUCGGGGGCGGUAUCCAUGCUUCCUCUGCUGGGAGGCUUUGUCGCUGAUGCUUACCUCGGCCGCUUUCGGACCAUUCUCGUUUCUUCUCUCCUCUACAUUCUAGGACUAGGGUUGUUAACAGUAUCAGCAAUUCAUCCUUCUCCCAGCUUGCCUUACUGCCAGAAUACAAGGAACCACAUCUCAUUACCUCCUUCUCAAUUCCAAGUCUUCUUCUUUUUUGCCUCUCUGUAUCUUGUGGCCCUUGCCCAAGGAGGGCACAAACCAUGUGUACAAGCUUUUGGUGCAGAUCAGUUUGAUGGAUGGAACCCAAGAGAGUGCAGAUCCAAAAGUUCAUUCUUCAAUUGGUGGUUUUUUGGGAUAUGCAGCAGUAGCUUUAUAUCAAUUGUGAUCUUAAGUUACAUUCAAGACAAUUUGAACUGGGUUCUUGGAUUUGGAAUUCCUUGCAUUUCCAUUGCAGCUGCGCUUGUUGUUUUCUUACUUGGAAUGAAGACGUAUCGAUACAGUGCGGAAGAAGAUAGAAGCAAUCCAUUUUCGAGAAUAUACCAAGCGUUGGUUGCUGCGGCAAGGAACUGGCACACCCCUCCUUCAACUGCGGCUGUUGCCAAAGAUGAAGAAGCAAGAGAAGAACUCUCUCAGCAUGGCACACACCAAUUCAAGUUUCUUGACAAAGCAUUGACUACGGUCUCAAAUGAUCAAUUAGGUUCAGAUGAAAACUGGAAAAUCGGUAGCAUCAGUAGGGUAGAAGAAGCAAAGGUAGUCUUAAACUUGGUUCCUACAUGGGCAACAUGUUUAAUGUAUGGAGUUGUAUCCGUACAAUCCUCUACUUUCUUCACCAAGCAAGGAUACACCAUGGACAGAUCCAUAACAUCUGGUUUCGAAAUACCGCCUGCUUCACUCCAAUCCAUUAUCUUUCUUUCGAUUGUUAUCUUCAUUCCGAUCUACGAUCGUGUCAUCGUCCCAAUUGCUAGAGCUUAUACUAGGAAGCCUUCUGGAAUAACAAUACUUCAGAGAAUUGGAACUGGGAUGUUUCUAUCAAUUAUCUCCAUGGUUGUGGCAGCAGUAGUUGAGAAGGUAAGACUUAGAGUGGCCAGAGAAUCUGGGCUGAUAGAUAUGCCACAAGCAACUCUUCCAAUGAAAGUGUGGUGGCUAAUUCCUCAGUAUUUCUUGUUCGGAGUAGCUGAUGCCUUUGCAAUGGUUGGUCUGCAAGAAUUUUUCUAUGAUCAAGUACCAAAAGGGUUGAGAAGCAUGGGCCUGUCCCUCUACCUAAGCAUCUUUGGCAUGGGAAACUUCUUAAGCAGCUUCCUCAUCUUUGUCAUUGAGAAGGCAACCAGUAGAGAAGGCCAAGAGAACUGGUUUGCAAACAACUUGAACCAGGCACAUUUAGAUUGGUAUUAUUGCCUUCUUACUGGACUUAGUGCAGUAGAGUUAGCUUUGUAUUUGUAUUUUGCCAAAUCAUACAUCUAUAACAGGGGAAGUUCCAUCUGAAGUACCUAAUUUCUAUUACAGAAUUCUUCCUCACAGUUGUAUGUAUAUUAGAAUAAUCUCAUGAAGUGACUAUGUGUGGAAAAGCUGAUCACUUUCCUGGUUUUCAAGACUAUAAAGUAAGAAUGUUGCUAUUUCAA